GUUUAGGACUUAAGUGCCACAAAUUGAAACAUUUGUCUGAACACAUUUAAACAUUUAGUUAUCAAUAAAUCCGAUUUAAUCAUUAAAACUCCGACAACUACUCAGCCAUUUGAAUGAACGGUUUGGAUGCUGUGAUGGCUCAACAAUAAUAUAAUUAACUAAUGGCUUCACUUAAAGACCAAACAUCACAUCUGAUAUAGACUUACAUAACAAAUACUACAACAAAAGUUGUUUGUAUUGCAAACAAAAAUAAGAGAAUAUAUUUAUCGACGAAAAACGUAAACUUAUAAUCAAAAUUGAAAGUAUGGAUAGUAUGGUCAUAGAGUUGUAUAACAGCGACAAAAUUGUGUCGACAAUGCUUAACAAGAGUGACCCAAUAGUGAUGGACACUACCAUCAUCUAUGAUAACAGUUCCUCCGAUAUGAGCACAACAGAGAUGCCACCCGAAAACAUAUUCAUACUUCCCAUUUGGCAACAAAUUUUGUGGACUAUAGUGUUCGGGACUAUGGUUAUAGUGGCCGCCGGCGGUAAUAUCAUUGUCAUAUGGAUUGUUUUGGCACACAAGAGAAUGCGAACGGUUACCAAUUAUUUUUUGGUUAACCUUAGUUUGGCCGACACAAUGGUGUCCACACUUAACGUUAUAUUCAACUUUAUCUAUAUGUUGAACAGUGACUGGCCUUUUGGUCAGUUUUAUUGUAAAAUUUCCAACUUUAUUGCUAUUGUUUCGGUGGGCGCCAGUGUUUUCACAUUAAUGGCAAUAGCUAUUGACAGAUAUAUGGCAAUAGUUCAUCCAUUGAGACCACGUAUGUCUCGGACGACAACAAUAAACAUAAUUUUCUGCAUUUGGAUCGCCAGUAGUUUACUUUCUUUGCCAAACAUUAUCUUCUCGACCACUGAGAGAGAAGUCUUUUCUAAUGGAGACUCAAGAGUAAUUUGUUACAUGGAGUGGUUUGAUGGACCUAGUACAAAAUCACAAAUGGAAUAUAUAUAUAAUGUCAUCAUUUUGUUGGUCACAUAUAUGCUUCCAAUAGUAUCUAUGAUAUACACAUAUUUUCGUGUGGGUCGAGAAUUAUGGGGCAGUUCUGCUAUAGGAGAGUGUACUGCAAAACAAAUGGAAAGCAUUAAAUCAAAGAGAAAGAUAGUGAAGAUGAUGAUGAUGGUAGUGGCUAUAUUUGGGAUAUGUUGGGCUCCAUAUCAUAUAUACUUUCUAUUGGCGCCUCAUUAUCCCGAAAUGAUUAGUUCAGAUUAUGUUCAACACAUAUAUCUAUCGAUCUAUUGGUUAGCUAUGAGUAACUCAAUAUAUAAUCCAUUUGUCUAUUGCUGGAUGAAUUCAAGGUUUCGCCAGGGAUUCAAAAAUGCUUUUUGCUGUUCAUGUUUGAGGGCCGGGGAUGAGAGCCGACGCUUUGAAGAGCAUCGUUAUUACGGAGCGCCGAGAUAUAGCUGUGCCUCAGAAGCCUGUCCUACAGAUAUGAGAGUCCGAUACAAUGGUAACGGAGACAUCAGUCUUCAUACGGUAACGGAGACACUCCAUACCAAUAGUGCCACAUCCGGGCCCUCAUCACUGCAACCAAAGUUUGCGUUCAGAACUGAAAUGCUGUGAUUGUGUGACAAAACGGUCCAACAAUUCUUAUAUUGUAUAUAAUAUUUAAUC